AUGAAAAUAGUUUUUAAAGAUCUUAAAAAAGAAAAAGUAAUUCUAGAUGUGGACCCGACCGAUACUAUUCUUUCCGCCAAGGAGAAGCUAGCAACAGUGAAGAAUUCCGAUGCUUCUAAGAUAAAAUUUGUUUACUCAGGUAAGGUUCUACAAGAUGAUAAGGACUUUGACGCAUUCAAAGUGAAGGAGAACGACGUAAUCAUUUUCAUGCUUCCGAGCGUUUUCAAAAAAGAGGAACCCAAGAAUUUGGAGAAUAGGAUAGACAAGACUUCAACAGAAUCUUCCAAAACAACAACUAUAGCCGCUCCAGGUAUUGCAGUGCCUCCAGUACCUGUCAAUACGUCUGGUUCGUUUAAUGCAUCCACAUUUGCGGUCGGAAAUGAUAGGGAGAAUGCGAUCAGAAAUAUUAUGGAAAUGGGCUACGAUCGCUCACAAGUAGAAGCCGCCUUGAGAGCUGCUUUCAACAAUCCUGACAGAGCAGUAGAAUAUUUGCUUACAGGUCUUCCAGUAAACAAUGAAGAGCCGAUUGCAGGAUCCAGAUCGGCUCCAAAUGAUGGCCGAAGCCAACCAGUUUCAAGUACAGGUGUUGAAUCUACGUCCACUGAGACGGCGCCUGGAACAGACCUAUUCGAAGCUGCCGCGGUGGCCAGUAGUGGUCAACAACAGCGAGAAAAUACUCAGCGUGACGAUUUAAUGCAGAUUGGGGAACUCAUUCAGAAUAACCCAGAAAUGGUAGAACCUUUCCUUCAGCAAAUUGCUAGCUCCAAUCCCCAAUUGGCAGAGCUUAUUCAGCAGAAUCCAGAAGAGUUUAUGAGGGCAUUAAUGGAAGGUGAUAAUGGUGAGGGAGAACUAGAAGAUGAAGGUGUUCAGAUACAAGUAGCACCUGAGGAAGAAGCAGCAAUUAACAGAUUAUGUGAGCUUGGUUUCGAUCGUAACCUUGUUGUACAGGUGUACUUCGCCUGUGACAAAAAUGAAGAAAUGACCGCCGAUCUCUUAUUUAGUGAGCAUAUAGACUAG